AUGUCUCGUCGAACGUUGCGGUGGUGUUGCGCCCGCACAGGGGCUGUUCGAGGCUCCAAGAAGGGACGGAGCGACCACGAACGGGGCGGUGCCGGUGUCCGCAGAAAGACCACGCUCGCGAGGCACCUUCUCCGGUCUCGCCCCGCGUCUACGGAGGUCCCGCCCUUCGAGAGUUUCAAGUGCCCGAAGGAGGGUUGCGGCAAUGUACACAAGCUCGGGGACCGGUGGUUCUUCGACAUCCUCCAGAAGAAGUGGAAGUACGUGGGGCCCAGGUGUCAACCCAGGGGCGGUCAUUCGGAGGCGGAGAUGGUACCGUGUUCAGACGCGGAGGGGAAGGAGGUGUGCGGCGACAAGGAUAUGAAGACGUUGCCGUUCGUCGGGAACGANCUCGGGGACCGGUGGUUCUUCGACAUCCUCCAGAAGAAGUGGAAGUACGUGGGGCCCAGGUGUCAACCCAGGGGCGGUCAUUCGGAGGCGGAGAUGGUACCGUGUUCAGACGCGGAGGGGAAGGAGGUGUGCGGCGACAAGGAUAUGAAGACGUUGCCGUUCGUCGGGAACGACAGGGCCUCUGAGGUGGUGAUGAACAACCAGGACGCAUACGCGGUGUGGCUGACAGAGGAUGCGGCGCGGUUGAAAAAGUAG